GUCUUGCAAUUCUAUUUAAGGUUGGAAAGGAGAAGCAACCAGAAAUUAGGAGGAGAAAGAGCGGGGACCUGCCUUCGCAUUUGAAACCUUUGAAGGUUCUCUCCUCUCCUCCUCUUUGUUCUUUCAUAAAAUGGAAGGCGAAGAGGGGCCCACCGUAACCGUCACCGCCCCCACCACCACCGUCGUCAUCAGAAGCACCGACUCGCCCCCGCCGUCUCCGACGGCCGGUUCUGAUGUCUCACCCGUUGAAUCUCCCGAUCGCGCCUCCUCCGAGAUUCAACCACAGCCGUCCGACGAUGACCCUGAUCAAUCGUCUGGGACCGGCGGUCUCUCCGAUGAUCUCAAACAGAAAAUUAUUAAGCAGGUGGAAUAUUAUUUCAGUGAUGAAAAUUUGCCUACUGACAAGCAUAUGUUGAGUUUGAUUAAGAAGAACAAAGAAGGUUUUGUUCCUAUUUCAGUUAUUGCUUCUUUUAGAAAAAUGAAAAAGCUCAUUCGCAACAAUUCACUAAUAGCAGCUGCAUUGAGGGAGUCUUCCCUCCUUGUUGUGAGUUCGAAUGGGAAGAAGCUGAAACGGCUUCAUCCUCUUCCAUUACCUGAAAACAGGGAUGCAAAGUGCACUGUUUUGGUAGAGAACCUACCUGAGGAUCAUUCGGUGGAGAACCUUAAAAGAAUAUUUGGUGAAGCUGGAAAUAUAAAAGAUGUAUGCAUACUUGACCCCCAUGCCGUAGAAGCAUCAACAAAAGGCGGCAAGGCUGAGAAGCUGAUCAGUAAUAAGUUGCAUGCUCUAGUGGAGUAUGAUACUGUGGAGGCUGCUGACAAAGCUGUCACGACUUUAAAUAAUGAGGAGGACUGGAGAAAUGGCAUGCGGGUGAAGCAUCUUAAGCAAAUGGGGAAGUAUGGACAGAGAAAACAAGCCUGGAGGGGUUUUGACUCUGAGAAGAGUAGUGGUAACAGAACUUCUGAUCAAACAGGAGGUGAGGAGAAUCAUAAUGCAAGUGAGCAUCAUAAUGAUACUCGGACACCUGACGAUGAGGAUGGUGAGAGAGUCCCCAAGGAGAAAACUGGGCAUAGAGGUCGAAAUCGGGGGCAAUCAGGAAGGCAGAAAUAUCGUGUCACCAAUGGGUUUGGUCACGGAACCAGUUCGGGUAAUCAUGGAAUUGAACCUUCAAAGCCACCACCUGGCCCGAGAAUGCCUGAUGGAACCAAGGGAUUCACAAUGGGGCGUGGUCGGACUCUGAGCGCCAACUCCAAUCAGAGUUAGUAAGUGAUUCGAUUGCCGGAUCUUUGAGCGAUUUUGUGUUUGACAACAUUUUCCGAUGUAUGUGUGGUGUUUGUACUACUGGUGCUGGCGGGCUAUGUGAAUAUUUCAUCAAUCGGUACACGAAUUUCUGUUGAAUUUUAGUUGGGUUUGUGAAUGAAGCAAGUGUUAAGGUGGGUAAAUGCAAAACCAUUGUUGUCGUGU